AUGGAAAGGGGUGCAAGCAAUAAAACAGAGCGAAAUGCGAGGGUGGAAAGCCCUCAACAAACAUUCCAUAUUGCAUUGAGAACUGUAAGGAAUUUUCCAUACAACAACCAAUUAUUUAUCGGUUUAUUUACAAAAAAUUUUCCGCAUGCUAUUAAACUAUCAUCAAAUAACAAGCUCAAGCAAAGAAGAAAGGAAAAUAUUUGA